AGCUUCGUAGUAGUUCCAAAAGUGCAAACUCGAAAACAUGAAGCAAGUGCUGAGCCUGCUCGUAGUCGUAGCACUACUAUGUUCUUUCGCUCGCGCAUCGUACGCAACCAAGGCAAAAGAUAAUACAGGAGAUGGAAGAAGUAUCAUUGGUGGCAAAGAUGCGUCCAUCAGUAGUUACCCGUUUGCGCUGCUGAUGACUAUCAAAGGAUUGGGCGCGCAGUGGGCGUGCUCUGCGUCGGUGAUUGGGGAGUUCUAUGCACUGACAGCAGCGCAUUGCUUGGUGGAUGGUGACAAACCACCCCAGACGUAUCAGGUUACAUUCCUUGGAGGCACUUCGAGUAUAGGCUCUAAUGGCACCAUAUUUAACGCCAGUUACUAUGUAAUCCAUGAUGAAUACAACGAAUGCACAAUUGACAACGACGUUGCUGUGGUUCGGGUAACGACUUCGUUCUUCACGGAUCCAGCCAUUAAAGCCAUAACGCUACAGGAUGAUGAACCUGCGGCAUCAACAUCGUGCUAUGCUGUGGGUUGGGGUUUUCUUACGAUUCCACCGAAUUUCAUCGAUGCGAAUAACCUGCAGAUUGCUAACUACACACUACAGACAUCACAGAACUGCAGAAGCUUAUUGGGGGAAAGAAUAACUGAACAAAUGUACUGCGCGGAUUACGAGAGCGGAAAAGUUUACCGUGGUGAUAGUGGUGGUCCUUUGGUUUGUGGCGAUCGUUUGCAUGGUAUUUCAUCGUUUGGUGCUGGCUACAAAUGUAGUUCUCGUGCCUACGAUUUGCCUGAUGUUUUUACAAAGGUACCAUCUGAUAGCAUACGCCGCUUUAUUCAUCUUCAUACUGGAAUUUAGUGCGAAUGCCGCUUUAGAGACAACUGUGCAAGGUGCACCGAUAAUGCUUCCAAUAUGAACUCGAGAAUGUCAGUUCUCUAUAAUAUGUUCAUGUAUAUUACAAUUAUUGUAUUCAACUUCAAUGAAUAAAAUUGGAUCUUGCAAAUCAUAAAAACACUAUUACUGUAGAAACAUACACAGGAAUAUCACCAAUUUGGACUAUUGUGUUGUGCUGAUACUAAUCCAUGAGUUAGCGAAG